AUGGGUCACUCGGAAGUGAAAAAUUGCUCAAGGAAUCAUCGUACAAAAAUCUCCUGCAAAUGGGCAUGGAACUGCAUGUCGAUACGGAUACACACAAAUUUGUUCCUGCUACUUAUUGGAAUCGCUUCCGUUUCGGUUCUGAAUCACACCGAGGCCGGAUUUGCCUGCCUCAGCAAUCCAUGCAUAUACGGAGUAUGCAUCGACGAUUUGAAUACUACAUACUCAUGUUACUGUAUAGACGGGUACACCGGAAUACACUGCCAAACGAACUGGGACGAAUGCUGGUCGAAUCCUUGUCGUAAUGGGGGUACCUGUAUCGAUGGAAUCGCAACGUACAACUGCACGUGCCUUGACGGUUUCAUAGGUCUCAAUUGCGAAGAAAACUUCAAUGAAUGUCUCUCGAACCCAUGCCAAAACGGAGGUAGUUGCUAUGAUCAAGACAAUGCGUUCAUCUGUAGCUGCGCUGCCGGUUUCGUCGGGGUAUUCUGCGAGGAGGACGUCGCGGUGUGCGAAACGGGUGAUCGCUGUCAUAACGGUGGCGAAUGCAUAGAAGGACAUGGCCUGGAUUUCUCCUGUCAAUGUGUAGAAGGUUACGAAGGGAAGUUUUGCGAUGAGGAAACCAACGAAUGCGAGUCAUCGCCCUGCCAGAAUGGAGGCGUUUGUAUUGAUAAAUUCGCAAGCUAUACAUGUGCAUGUACAAUGGGAUUCACUGGAACUAACUGUGAAGAGGAGAUCAUGUUUUGCGAAAGCUCGCCGUGUUCCAAUCAGGCAUUAUGUUUGGUGGAAGAGAAUGAACCCACAUGCUACUGUGUGCCAGAUUUUCAUGGUGAACGUUGUGAAUUUCAGUACAACGAGUGUCUGCUAGGACCUUUUCCCAAGUGUGUUAACGGAGGAACCUGUAUAGAUGGAAUAGAUGAAUAUUCCUGUUCCUGUCCACCGAGCUUUACUGGUACCAACUGCGAAUGCUUAGUAUUGGAUGAUUCCGAAGUGGAUUGUAACUACACAGCUCCCGAGAUGACGACUGUAGAGUAUGUCACGACAACUGCUUGGUUUGAACCUAGCUUCAGCACUAGGUAUGCUUUCAGUGGAGAUCCUGAUUCAAGUAUGUCGUCGCAAGCUUGGAGUUCAAGUAGUGCAGAUGGUUCAACGGUUCCAUCUCUGUUUCUGAAUACAUCAGUAACCACAUACCACCCCGGUAUGACGAAUGUUACAUACACUUUACCAAGUGAAGCAUCAUUUUCUACAGGACCUAUAACCAUAGAUACGACAAUUCUUGAAGCUGCUGACAGACGAAGUACAGAGCCAACCAGUAGCACAGCUAUAGACAAUGAGGCUACACCUAAGGAGUUUUCUCCAAGUCCAGAGCAGCGAUCUACUUUAGAUGAGGAAAUAGGAACAGAUGCCACUACGACUUCUAAACCGGAAGAGGGAGUAACAUAUGAACAGGUCACCUUAACAACUUUAGCCGUCGAUGAUCAAAGAACAACUCAGCUACCAGACGAAGGUGAUUUGAUAUCUACAAUCAUUAGGGAUUUCUCAACUAUUCAAGUUGAUGAUGCAGUUGUUAUCACCACCAAGCCAAAGUAUUCCACUCCUGACGGUGCAUCUACUGAGUCGUUAGAAUCCACCGUCAUGGAUGAUAGAACAACAGAAGGUGGUAUACCAACUGACGUUACAGUGAGGCCAAUUCAGGAACCGAGACCUACAUCCCCUUCGGAAAUCGAUGUAGAAACCUCAACGCCAGCUCGAUCAACUGAAGUUCCAAUCGUGGACGUUACGUUAACUCCGUUCUUCACCGAAUCUCCGGGAAAUGUUUCCUUAUCCUCGCCACCGGAAGAACAAGCUACCAAACAUACCUCUUCGUCAACACCUUCGUACGAUACUUCUUCCUACAUUCCAUCUAGCUCUGUCGAAACAACGUCUUCCAUUACUACUCCCACAAUAUCUACUAGACCCACCGAUGUAAUCAUUACCGAGUGUGAUGAUAAGGUAUGUGCCAAUGGUGGCACCUGUUCGAUGACCCCCAGCGGUAUCAAGUGCCACUGCGAUUUUCGCUACAUCGGAACGUUCUGCGACAUUCCGGUCAGCAUUCAGAAUGCUGCCUUUUCCAGAGACUCCUUCUUGAGACAUAUCAUCUAUCGGCGAAAUGAAACCGAGUUCCAGAAUGUUACCAUCGCACAAAUGCUGUCGAUGAGUGUGCGAUUCACAGCAAAGUUAACAUCCAGGGAAGGAUUGAUCAUGCUUGCGGCUGCCGAGGGAACAGAAGGUAGUCACUAUGUGGCCCUGUUUUUGCACAAGGGAUUGCUGCAGUUCCAGUUCUCCUGUGGACUUCAGACAAUGUUGUUGAGUGAGAUUGAAGGACCCGUCAACAAUGGUUAUGAGCUGCAUAUCAAAGUGGAAUUGAACUUCAACGAUCGCCAUACGCAUUGCAAUGCAUCACUGCAUAUGAAUGAAACAUUAGCCAUGAGUGGUGAACAACCAACAUGGCUGAUGAAUUUGGAUCCAUAUGAUGAAUACACCACUACAACUAAUCCUAUCAAACAUAGUUGGUUACAUCUAGGUGGUCGGCCAAUCAAGACAAUGUAUACAUUGAGCCAUAACAUUUCCCGCUAUCAAGGAUUCACCGGGUGUAUUUACGAGUUGGCAGUCAACCGAAACCCGAUUGCAAUUUUCGAGAGCGCUGAAGAUGCCUACAAAAUCUACGAAUGUACUUCGCUGGCAUGUUUGUCCAGUCCGUGCAGAAACGGAGCCAUCUGUAUCGAAGAGGACAGUUUCAAUUUGGAAAAGCGUUACAAACCGAAUAAUCAAGCGAACUGGAGCUGUAAAUGUGCUUUUGGAUACAUGGGCAAGACUUGUGAGCGGUCGAUUUGUGAUAACAAUCCAUGCAAAUAUGGCGGAACUUGCGUUACCUUUCCAGAAAGUGGGUAUCUAUGUCUAUGCCCGUAUGGCAAGCAUGGGCAUCUCUGCGAACAUGAUUUGGACAUUCUGCAACCAUCGUUCUUCGGAAGCAUUAAAGGACUAUCAUCGUAUGUGGCUUAUCCUGUCUCAUUUUCCCUGGAAGAUCGAUUUGAGUUUAGUUUCAAAAUCAUACCAACGACCAUUUCGCAAAUUUCUCUCCUCGCUUUUGUUGGACAACUGGAUGAGUACGCUGACAAGAGUGAUCACUUUUCAGUGAGUUUCAUUCAAGGAUUCAUUCUCGUCACGUGGAAUCUGGGAAGUGGUCCACGCAGAAUUUUCACUCAGCAACCUGUUCACGUGCAACCUGCGCGGCCUACUACCAUCAACGUAGGCAGAAAUGGCCGACUAGCUUGGCUAUCGAUCGACGGAAAAGUCAAUAUAUCCGGAAACUCUCCGGGUAGCAGUAGCAAACUGAAUGUAUCUCCACACUUGUACAUCGGAGGUCAUGAGCAGGCCAACUUCUCUAAUCUACCGCAUGAUCUACCGCUACAUUCCGGAUUCCAGGGUUGCCUGUUCGACAUUAACAUCGUUGCCGGACCGGUUCACAUCCCCCUUCAACACAUCGGAGGAAUGCGUGGACGUAGCGUCGGUCAAUGUGGAACUAAGGAAUGCCAUCGCCAUGCUUGUCAGAACAAUGGAGCUUGCCUACAGCAUGGUUCCACGUUCACCUGUAUCUGCCAGGAGGAUUGGAAUGGAUUGUUGUGCUCGCAGAAGAAUAAUCCAUGCGAUGAGAGCAAUAAAUGCGCAGUCGAAUCAAGUUGCUUCCCUUUGAUCUCCGGCUACGAAUGUGAUUGUCCAUUUGGAAAGAUUGGUAAACGCUGUGAGGCCAAUCUCAAAUAUCUCAGUGAUGUGUCUUUUUCUGGACGAAGAUCUUACCUAGCACUCAAAUGGCCGGCGGUCGGUAGUGACUACUCUUACCUAGAGAACGAAGUUCGAUAUGAGAAGAUUGUUCAACCGUCUAGUUUAAUGGCCCAGAACCAUUCAAUUUUGUUGAAGUCCAUCAGAGAACUGGACAAAAUCAAUGAUGUCCUGAAGGUCAACCAUAACGAUACUGCAAACAACCUGCAGUACGCACAUACGCUAACUACUCGGUCGGAGAACUAUCGUCAGCUGAAGAUUCGUUAUCUCUCCAUUGAGCUGCAGGUUCGACCCCUCUCCGAAAAAGGAUUGCUCAUGUUCGUCAGAACGUUCGAUUCUAACGAACAAAAACAAGGCUUCAUCAGCCUUAGCCUUCAAGGAGGCGUGAUCGAAUAUCGCGUAUCAUCUGCCCAGAUGCAGACUUCUAUCGUUCGAAGUAACCACGUCCUUGCGAUUGGCGAAUGGCAUAACAUCAAAAUCAUCAAGUACGGAAAACGGCUCACCCUGUGGGUUGAAGGUAAGAGCACUUCAAUGCUGGGAUCUGUUCGUGAAGAAUUCAUCAAUCCAAACACAAGAGUAUACUUCGGCGGUCUACCAGACUUGUCACAGUUGCCGUUCGAUGCGAUAUCUGGGUUUCCGAUUCCGUUUAGAGGCUGCAUCAGAAAUGUCAAUCUCAACGGUACCCGAGUUACCUUAAACGAAAGCAGUAUUUUGGAGGCGAGGAAUGCUAAUGACUGUGACGGUACACCUUGCGGAGGUGACCUUUGUACAAAGGGCGGCCUCUGCUGGUUGGAUGAAUACUCCCAGCCACAUUGCAAAUGUCCAGAAUACUCCAAGGGAGCGAAUUGUGAGAUCCAGGAAUCUUGUGAGAUAGUGAAGUGCAGAAAUAAUGGACAGUGUAUGAAGAAUGGUCGCUGCAGUUGUGCGAUAGGAUGGACCGGAUACUACUGUGAAAUAGCAACGACCAAAUUUUCUGCCUUGGGAUUCAACGAUAGGAGCUACAUUCUAAUACCUUCUCAAAAGAUUAAGAUGAAAGACAAGCGAAACGGUGAAUCGAACAGUUUCAGUCCUCGAUUGGAACUGCAGAUUUCAUUCAAUAUUUCCACCCUCGACGACGGAGUCGUGUUUUGGACAACCGAUAAAAAUUCUAGAUAUUUUGGCGUAGGUGUACAAAAUGGAUUUAUCACUGCGGCGAGCAAUAUGGUGCAGGAAGCGGAGAAUUUAACCACUAUUUCAAACCCAUGGGAAGCUUACGUUGCUGAUGGGGACUGGCACAAUAUUAGGAUCGAGACUGAAAACGGAAUCGUACAGGUACUGGUGGACGGGCAUCCGCUGUUUUCGGAACUCAGAGUAAUUUCGGAUGUUAAAAAUACUGAGGCUGACCAAAGAUAUACCUCCGAUGAAGCUACGUAUCUAGGAGGUUUCCCCGAUGAAGAUAUUCAGAAUAGAACGUUCGGUAGAUUCGGAAGCCCUUUCAACGGUUGCAUUCAAAACAUCUAUCUGGGGAACAACAUCGAUGAGCUGGAUUAUAUGGCGUACCAGGGAGCAAAUAUCAACGAAUGCGAACUUUAAGGUUGUUUACGCAUCGAU